AUGGCUACCAGAACAACAACAAUACAGGACAGAAAAACAGAAGACUAUUAUGACCAGGUGUUACCAAAAGAAGCACAAUUCCUAGCUCCAAUAAGAAAUUGGGAAAAACAAAUGGGUUUCGUGACUCCCAUAAUUUGGUUCAACGCGAUAGUUAUAUCUCUGUUUCAUAUCGUCGUGCCGAUCUACUUCGCAUAUCUUAUGUACACCGGUCGAAGAUGUAUGAGAAAAACAGUUGUAUUGGAGUUUAUAUUCGGACAGAUGGCAGCGUUUGGUAUAACAGCUGGAGCACAUCGCCUCUGGACCCACAGGUCUUACAAAGUUACAAUGCCGUUUAAAAUAACGUUACUGAUAUUCUACGCUAUUGCAGGGCAGAACAACCUUUACAAUUGGGUAAGGGAUCACAGAGUGCACCACAAGAAAUCGGAGACUCCAGCCGACCCCCAUGAUGCAAAACGAGGGUUCUUCUUCUCCCAUGUUGGCUGGCUGAUGAUGAAGAAGCAUCCACAUGUUAUGACAGAAGGUUCCAAGAUCGAUAUGACAGAUAUAACUAGUGAUCCGGUCCUGGUAUUCUUUAAUCGAAACUUCAACAUUCUCAAGUUCCUCUUCUGCUUUUUAAUACCAGCAUUGUUGCCAGUCUGGUUGUUUGAAGAAGAGUUAUACAUGUCCAUACUAGCUGUUUUCAUGAGAUAUUUAUUUACGCUGAACGCGACAUGGUCGGUUAAUAGCUUUGCACAUAUGCAUGGCUUGCGUCCCUAUGAUAAAAACAUCUUACCAUCAGAAAACAUGGCCGUUUCCAUCAUAGCAAUGGGUGAAGGCUGGCACAACUACCACCACACAUUCCCUUGGGACUACAAAGCUGCUGAACUAUCAUACUUUAUCAAUCCCACGACUGCCUUCUUAGAUUUAGCAGCGUUUUUCGGUUUAGCGUAUGAUUUAAAAACUGCUUCACCUGAACUUAUUAAGGCUGUGGCGGAUAAAAGAGGAGAUUGUAGCCGCAAAAAUGAUUAA